CACGAAAAGUACGUAUCAUAGUAAUUGUAUUACUUUCAUUUAUUUUUUUAUUUGAUAUUUUAAGAAACGUUUAAUGCCGAACGUGUAUAAUGAGUUCAAACACGUUUAAUCGCUAAGUAAGAACGUAAUACUUACCGGUCAGUCGUAAAUGUGUUUUGUAUACGUAACCAUAUACAGAUGAUAUGAUUCAUUUAUUGUUAUUUUUUAUCGUACAUUUUUCGUUCGUAGUUUAUUAAACACCAAGUGAAUUCGAAUAUAUAUAUAUAUAAAAUUGAAUAUAUUUACGUGAUGUCCCAAAAAAAAGUUACUUACGAGACCAUACACUCGGGACAAUUUAUGCUUUCAAACUUUGAGGCUGAGGCUCAAGAUGAUGAAUUCCAGGUAGCCGUUCCUGUGUCAGAAGAAAUAUUAAUGAGGGCUGACAUCAAUAACUCUAGAACUUCGUUAAAAAACCUUUUUCAAUGCAUGGCUGUUGCUUACAGACACAAACUAACUUCUCCUAAAUGGAAUCGUUUCAAGGGAGUUCGUUUAAGGUGGAAAGACAAAAUCCGUUUAAACAACUUAAUAUGGAGGUGUUGGCAUAUGCAAUUUAUUAAGAAAAGUAAUUACAUGAUCUGUCAAUUUGCAUCACCUGUAGAAAUUGUAGACAGUCACAAACAACCAGAGGCAGUUAUUUUAGAAGGAAAAUACUGGAAACGAAAAUUUAAUGCUGUUACUGCGGAGUAUAAAAAAUGGAGAUUGUUUUAUCGAAGUUUACUACAAAAUGGCUUCAAAGAAAGACAAAAAUUAUUGAAUGAAUUUUUAGAAUGGCAACAAAACAACAAUAGUGAUAUACGAAUUGAUGAUGAUUAUAUGAAUUUUAUAAGCGAUACUCUCUUUUCUACAGUAACAGCAAAUCGUCGAAUAUUUGAAUUUCCGAAUGCCAGGGAAAAUAGGUCAAAAAAUAUUCCAGACUUAAUUCAACCAAAUUUAGGACAAUUGCAGCCAAAUUUAGAUGAAUUCAUGGAUACCAUAGAACCUUUACAAGAUUUAUUUAGUCCUCCUAAGUUACCACCUGUACCAGAAGAAUGUCAGAUGCAGUCAGAAUCUACCAACAACUUGUACAAUCAAUCAUAUGGAAAUGUAAGCACCUGUUAUCAAACAAAUCAACAUUCAUUAUCUCUACAUUCAGAAUUGCACCAACUUAAAAUGACAAAUAUGCGACAAGAAGCCACGGAUUCAUCAUGUCCACUGCAUGUUAAUAAUUAUUCAACAGAAGAUAAUUAUCAAUCUAAUUUUUCAACAAUGUUUCAUCAAUCUUCAAAUGGAGGAGAUUAUCAAUCCAGUAAUCACUCAUAUAACAGUAUUCCUCCAGGAAAUUCACAAACCCACCAUAAUGAAUUGCAGUUACCACCUCCACCACCUGCGUAUCCAUUUGAAUUUAAUACAUCCAAUGUAGGACAUGAAUCAGUUAUAAGCUCUAAUAAUUACAAUCAACAUCCAGAUAUGUCUGCGGUUAAUAAUUCUGUUAUGACUUAUGGAAAUGGAUCAUCAACCAAUGAUUUUAAAAAUAGAAAUCCACAAGUACAAACAUAUAGCAAGUUCCCUCAAGUUGUAAGAAAUUCACAAGAUCACUUUGUAACACCAAAAAUAAGACAAAAAUCACGUAAUAGACAAACCCAGCUCAAGCAAAAAGUUAUGCCAUCAAACAUAAAUUCUUCAAGUGAUAACAACCAAAGUGUUUUGCUUGCUCAGCUUCUCUCUUCAAAUAAUAUGUUUUCUACUCCAAGUUCAACAGGCGUUUCUAAUAAUAUGACCAAAUUUCGAAAUACAAAUGGAUCUUAUCAGUCAUCAUAUCAACAAGUACCACAAGGUCCACAAAUAUCACAAAUACCAUAUCAAUUAAUUCAAAGAAGAGCUCGAACACCAGAUCAUGUUUUGACUUCAUAUACAGAUCAUCUUGUUUAUAGAAAACCCAGUCCAGUUUUUAUGAACCAAAGUGAUUGUAAUGUAUAUAAUUUGACACCAAAUACUCGUGGUCUUCUGGAUGCAGUUGGAACACCUGGUGGUAUUCAUCAACUCCCACAAAUUCAACCACGAUUUGAUAUUCCACAUGGAAAUACUCAAGGCUACUCAACAUAUAGACUCCCUCAGACUCAAGAAUAUAUUAAUCAUCAUCCUGUCAUGGAUAAACCAUCACCUCCGAGUAAUCAACCCUCACCUACUAAUAACUACAGUCAACCCUUAAUUACUCCAAUCCCUCAAUCUCUAAGUAUAUCAACAUCACCCAUGACAUGUAGUACAGAUCUCUGUCAAAAGACUCAUUCUCCAAAUCAAACUAAUGAGUCUAUAAAUUUAUCACAAAGGAAUGGUUCAAUGUCAAUGCCAGCUCAUGUUAUGAUUCCUGGUCCAUCACGAACUCCUUAUAAGUGUGAACUGCUCAUGAGCUUAAGGCCUAGGUUGAAAUAUGUGCAGGAGCAUAGGAGAGUUUGUCAUAUAAAUGCAGAACAAAAACGGAGAUGUAAUAUUAAAAAUGGAUUUGAUAUGUUGAAUAUGUUAAUACCACAAAUCAAUCAAAAUCCAAGUACUAAAAUGAGUAAAGCAGCCAUGUUGCAAAAGGGAGCAGAUUACAUACUUCAAUUGAGGUCAGAACGAGCGCGUCUUUAUGAUGAGAGACAAAAUUUACAACAACAAGUAGAAUCUCUUAAUCUUGCAAUUAGUAAUUGUCAAGCUAUGUUGCCCGCUACAGGAGCUCCAUUUUCUAGACAGCGUACAACAAAAAUGAAAGAGAUGUUUGAUGAAUAUGUAAAAAAACGAACUCAAGAAAAUUGGAAAUUUUAUAUUUUGAGCUUAAUAGCUGAGCCACUCUUAAAUUCAUUUAAUUCUAGUGUAUCUACAUCUAGUUAUGAUGAAAUGUAUCGUACUACUCUUCAGUGGGUUGAACAACACUGUACAUUGGGUGAUCUCAGGCCAAUUGCAUUAAAUGCAUUACGAAAUCUAUGUACAUCUACAGAAAUAUUGUCUGAUCCUAUCAGUCUGCCUGAAGAAAUAAGUAAUUUAAUUCUAAAAAAUCAAACAAAUAAUCAAACACAAGGAAACCGGAACUAAGAAUAUUCAAUCAUAAAAAUGUUUUAAGUAAUUUUGUUUAUAU